AUGGUCGAAUCGUAUCCAAUUCAAUUGAUACCAUCAUUGGGGUAUAUCUUCCUCACAAUUGGAAUUUUUACAAUCAAAUAUCUUAAAUCGUUAAAUAGUUUUUUACUUUAUGGAAAGACGGCAACCAAAACAACUUUAGAAACGUAUUCAUCAUCUUCGUCAUCUACUGUUAGAUACAUUAGUAAUCACCUAACUGUUCCUAAAGCAUGGUUUACUCAUUUUUACAUUAAUGCAUUUGGGUUGUCUACCGCCUUGUAUCUACUACAAUUUACUGGGAAGCAACAAGAUAUUACAACUGGUGAUCAGAUCGCCUAUAAGAACAUGUUGAUUAUUCAAAGAUUACUAUGGAUACAGACAGGAAGAAGAUUACUUGAAUGUUUAUUCCUUUCUAAAUUUUCAAAAACUGCCAGAAUGAAUAUUGCUCAUUAUUUUAUUGGAUACGCUCAUUACAUAUUGGUUUCACUUGCUUGUUAUAUUGGAUUAACCACAUAUUACACACUGGACACCCAGAAAGUACCAUUGACAUUGGCAGAUUAUUGUUUGAUUAUAUGGUUUAUUGUUGCAUCAAUUCAACAGUUUUUAAAUCACUAUCAUUUAUCUACCUUGAUUAAAUAUACUGUACCCAAAUUUAAGUUGGUUUCAUCACCUCAUUAUUUCAAUGAAAUACAAAUUUAUAUAAUAUUUUUCAUCUUGAGUGUUAAGAAUGGUUGGAGUUUAACUUCAUUGAAUUACUUAUGUUGUUUGAUUUAUGUUAUGGUUAGUUUGUCAAUUAGUUCACUUGAGACUUAUAAGUAUUAUCAAUUGAAGUUUAAAGAAGAAUUCAAAUUGAAAUGGAGCAUCUUUCCAGGAGUAUUAUAA